AGGAAUUUUAAAAUUUAUUAGAAUAUGAUUUCCAAUUCUGAAAAUUAAAUAUGAAAAGGAAAUAAACAAUAUUGAUGAAAUUUGUGUAUCAUGAUAAAAAAAAAAUUCAUUGAUGGCAUUUUAUAAACUAGAAAUUCACUACCUUUAUAUGCAAAAAAUACAUAUCUGGGGAUGGCAUCAAGCCAUUAAAACCAUUUAUUUGGAGGUAAAUAAAUAAAUUAAAGAGAAAAUUAUGAACAGAAACGGUGGUUGCCCAUGUAUGUCUUCCCGGUUUCUUUGCAAGCUUUGACCUUUGACAACUAAAAACCACCGUUCGAUUCUCCCUUAAAAAGAAAAACAAAAAUCUGAACGCAAAUUCAAGAAAACAUGAUCUUUUUCUCGUUUAAUGCUCUGAAUACACCUCAUUUUCUCAAAGCAUGCACCCCACGUUCUACCAACACCUAGAGGAAAACUAGCAAAAUACCCACCUAGCUAAUCACCUCCACAAAUUUCUCAGACUAAAAUCGAUACAAGAAUCACAAAUCUGUUAAAAAAUUUAGAAUCUUUUUGAAAUUGGGUACUUGGGUUCCUCUUCUUCUUCUCCAUAACCAACAACUAAAGCUUCUUCAUGUUCAAAUAUCUAAUGUUUUCUUUCUGCUGUUAAUUAGUUUCGUGUCCUUUGUAUAUACAUUUCUCUGCCCAUUAAAAUGGUUCAAGAACAAGAGAGUUUGAGGUCUAGAUUGUUUAAUUUCAAAGGGACGAGUGAUAAUUCAGGAGCUCGUCAUGUAAAGAGUCAUAGCGUUGAUGACUGUAGUAGUCUUGUCGACUCUUCCAUGGAUGACAAGAUAAAUUUAAAAAGCCAAGGAUCAAAACAGUCAAAAGACCAAUCGGAGAAACAACAGAAUGGAACCGCGCCUAAUCGGAACGAAAAGGAUCCCAAGUCUAGGGCAAGCAAGGAUGAAGCAGCACCUGCUGCUGCUCAAGCCAAAGAAAAAACACAUCCAGAUAUGGAACAGAUGAAGGAAAGGUUUGCUAAAUUGCUUUUGGGAGAGGAUAUGUCUGGAGGAGGAAAGGGUGUCUCUUCUGCUCUGGCAUUGUCAAAUGCCAUUACAAAUCUUGCUGCUUCUGUCUUUGGUGAACAAUGGCGUCUGGAGCCAAUGUCUGUAGAAAGGAAAACAAGGUGGAGAAGAGAAAUUGAUUGGCUAUUGUGUGUGACUGAUUACAUUGUUGAAUUUGUUGCUUCUCAGCAGAAAUCCAAGGAUGGAUCAAAUAUGGAGAUAAUGGUGACAAGACAGCGAAAUGAUCUUCACAUGAGCAUCCCUGCAUUGCGAAAGCUUGACGCCAUGCUUAUAGGUUGCCUGGAUAACUUCAAAGACCAAAAUGAAUUCUAUUAUGUGUCAAGAGAUGCACCUGACUCAGAAAAAGGUAACACCAAGAGAAAAGAUGAUAAGUGGUGGCUACCCACUGCUAAAGUUCCACCAAAUGGUCUGUCUGAAGCGGCGAGAAAAUUUGUGCAGUAUCAGAAGGACUGCGUGAACCAGGUUCUGAAAGCAGCCAUGGCUAUAAAUGCUAAUGUUCUAUCAGAAAUGGAGAUUCCUGAAAACUACAUUGAAAAUCUACCUAAGAACGGGAGGGCAAGCCUCGGGGACUCCAUUUAUAGAAGCAUUACAGUUGAAUUCUUUGAUCCUGACCAAUUUCUGACCACCAUGGACAUGACAUCAGAGCAUAGAAUCCUAGACCUUAAGAAUAGAAUUGAAGCUUCUAUAGUGAUAUGGAAGAGGAAGAUGAACCAGAAAGAUGGGAAAUCUGCUUGGGGUUCUGCUGUCAGUUUGGAGAAGAGAGAACUCUUUGAAGAGAGAGCUGAAACCAUCUUACUCAUUCUCAAGCAAAGGUUCCCUGGAAUUCCUCAAUCUUCACUAGAUAUUAGCAAAAUUCAAUACAACCGGGAUAUAGGACAGGCAAUUCUGGAAAGUUACUCAAGAAUUCUAGAAAGCUUGGCCUACACGGUCUUGUCUCGAAUUGAGGAUGUCCUCUAUGCUGAUUAUGUCACUAGAAAUCCAUCAUAUGCUGGACAGAAGAGGAAUCCAUUAAUGGAGACACCUCAAGAUAGCACAACAUCCAUGGACGAGACAUUCACAGAGGGAUCAAAUUCAAUGACAUUGUCAGAUUUUAUGGGUUGGAACUUGGAAGCAAAUGACGAGGCAAAGACGGAGACACCUGAAGCUCCAGAUGAAACAGUCUAAGAAGAUAAUGUAAAUAUGAAGUUAACAGUAAAAAUUGCUAACAUAGUAACCAUCAAGAAACCUACCUAUCUUGAGAACAUGGGAGGUGUAUGAAGCCCGACGGCACACCAUUGCUAGCAGGCAUUUAACCAUGUCAAACAACAACCAUAGGAGAGAUACAGAAGAAGAGUGAGAAGCCUGGCAUGGAAAUAUGAAUCUGGUGGUUCUUUCUGUCAAGAGUUUCUUAUUUUCAUUAGAUUCCUCCCUUUUUGUAAAUAGGGAAGAAAACAUAUAAGUGUAAAAACUAUUAUAUUUGAAGCAUUUCAUACAUUCUUUCAAUUUCUACAUGAAAUGCAUAAGUAGUAUGUUAGACUCAAAGAUUGUUUUUUUCUUUUUUGUUGUUGGAUGGUUUCAAAAUGGACAAAUUCAUUCUUUUUCCCUGUAUAUAAUCCUAUACAGAAAGCAUUUAAUGGUUAAGAAGAAAAAGAGGAAUUCCCCAUAUCACACUGAAGACAAGUAUACUUGAAUCAAUAACAGUAGUCUUGAUUAUGAAGUAAGCUUUAGACAAACUUACAAAGUUAAAAAAAAAAAAAAAGAUGCAUACAAUGAAAAGGGUAAAUUAGAUCUUGCCACGUGGC